AUGAAUUUCACAAAUGUUACAAAUUCAUCAUUGAUUCACAAUACAUCGAUGGAAGAUCGAAAGCUUACAGAAGAGGCAUGUGAGUUUAUCGCCGCGAUCGGUGCUGGGUUAUUCUACGGCGCCAUAUUCAUCUUAAUGAUACUGUGCACCCGAUACAACUACUGCCCUAAGCCUGAAGCCUGUAAAGUGUUAUUUCUAGUUGGCACUGCCGUUAUGCUACUCCAUAUUUUCACAAACGACAAAUAUGAAGAUAUUGAUGACUUGAAAGUGAAACUUGGCUUUGGAAUCUCAGCAAAUUUAACCAUUGGUAUAACGACCCUCUUGAUGGCCUUAUGGAUUUUCAAAAAGCGCCCAAGCCUCAACUGCACUGAAAAUUGUCCAAUCCCUUGUAUAAAUCCACACCAUAAGGAUGACAAGGUAUACAAAAUCAAACAUUUACUUCCUAUGAAUUUUGUUGGUGUUGUGACCCUCAUUAUUUUGGUUAUGGAAACGGUUUUCUUAGUAAAAACAGGCCAAARAAGCCAUGAAAUGAAAAAGCUCAUCCUUGGUGCAAAAUCAGUGUAUCUGAUUGAGAAGAUUCUGCAGGCAAUCGUUUACUGGCUGCUUUGUAAAACGCGGUGUGUGACGGAAGAUAAGGUCAACCAAGCACAAUUCUACUUCAAAGUGAUGUCGUUCUACAAUGGUGUAAUAUGGCUUGAUUCGAUGAACUUUCCUCAUUUUGAACAGUUCAGCUGCCUUGCAAACUACGUCAAUGACAUCGAUACUAAAGCAUGGAUUCAUGGCUUGACGAUUAUAGCAGAAGUCAUCAUCGCAACUUGUUGUUGGAAGGUGCUGUUGAAUUUAGCAGUUAGCGAAGAAAAUAGAGGAAUUGAUGAUACCAAAAGACCACACGGACUGAAAAUUGUGUUAUGCUGUUUUGGUGCCGUCGGUCUCGCCUACUGGUUCUAUGCUGCAGUCUUAGUGACAAGCUGGGCAAUAUCUAAGAAUGGCCUCAACGACUAUUUUAACUGGAUAUCUGUCAAGUACUACUUUCGAUGUUUGACAGCUUUCCACCUUAUCUACACAUUCAUGAAAACGAACAUGGAAAAUAUGACAACAAGCAGUUUUUGUAGGAGUAAAUGUAAUCAUUUUCUUACUGGAUGCUUGCUUCUUGGCAUUUUCUCUGAGUUUCUUGGUGCUGCGCUGGACCAGUAUGUUGGACCAAUCGAGGAGCGAUAUCAUAAAGAAGUCACAAAGACGAGCUUCAGGAUUCUUCUCGAAGUAGGGCCUGCUCUUUAYUUGGCCUUCUGCAUCCACGCAACUCUUCACUUAUUUUCAAUCCAAGGAAGAAUGAAGGAAAAGAUAAAGGAGAGGUUACCAGAGGCAAAGAGAUUAAUAAAUCCAGAGCAUCCACCCAAACCGUUGUAUAACCUACAUCGAAGGAAACAAACAGCUCUUGGAGAUGAUGAGAUUGAAAUYAGAACAUGCAUAUUUUAAAAAAGUGACGCGUGUCAUGAGUAUGACAAACAAGUUUUUAAUAUAAAAAGAAAAUAGUAAAUGGUAAAUAUUAUUAUAAGAAUUAAA